UGCCUCUUAUUCCAUUCCAUCUCAAUUCUCCUUCCAAUUUCCCCCUCCCUCCGGGUCGGAUGGCCCGCUGCAUAAUUACCGAGCGGCGAUAUCCUCGGCUUGUGGGGUCUUACAAGGCGGUGAAGAGCUUCAGUGCACUAAGUUCGUGUGAUUGAUUGGGAUUGUAAGUACGUUUUUUUUUACAGUAAACUGGUUACAGUGUUCGAACGCCAAGAAAUGGCCAUUAGAUCCCGGACGAGAGCGAAAUCGACGCGGCUAGGCUCCGACCCUUCUCCUCCCAUGGCCUCUUCCCCUCCGCUGCGCCCCAAGGCGGUCGCCACCUCCACCGCCCGCCACCGAAGCCCCUGGAAGAGAGGACUCUCGUUCCUCUUCGUCUUGAUCUCCCUUGCCGUCCUUCUCCUCAUCAAUCUCGCUUGGAAAUUGAGUGCAUUCGUCGUCUAUUCUCCUCGAUUCUACUCUUGCGACAUCGUCAAUGAGUUCCCCCACGAUCCCGGCGCCUUCACCCAGGGUCUCGUAUAUGGAGGAAAUGAUACAUUAUUUGAGUCAACUGGCCUUUAUAAAAAGUCAUCAGUCAGACAUGUUCUUCUCCAGACUGGAAGGGUCCAGACUUCUUACGAAAUGGAUGGAUCUUUAUUUGGAGAAGGUCUUACUCUUUUGGGUGAAAGGUUGUUUCAAGUGACUUGGUUGACAAAUAUUGGUUUCAUCUAUGAUCGAUAUAAUCUUAGAGAGCGUCAGAAGUUCAUUCAUCAGAUGCAUGAUGGAUGGGGGCUGGCGACUGAUGGAAAAGUAUUAUUUGGGAGUGAUGGAAGUUCAACACUUUAUCACAUUGAUCCUCUAACCUUCAAAGUCACAAGAAAUGUAACUGUAAGAUAUGGCGAUCUUGAAAUUCCUUAUGUUAAUGAAUUGGAGUAUGUAAGUGGUGAAGUUUGGGCAAAUAUCUGGCAGACAGAUUGCAUAGCUAGAAUCUCUCAGAAAGAUGGCACGGUGCUUGGUUGGAUCCUUCUCCAUGAAUUAAGGGAACGGUUGUUAAGAUCUGGACACCAAGAUAUUGAUGUUCUGAACGGUAUUGCUUGGGAUGAAGAAAAGAACCGUUUAUUUGUGACAGGAAAGUUAUGGCCAAAGCUUUAUGAGAUCAAGCUGCGUCCAAUGAGGGGCCGACCGAAAGGAAGCAUAGAAGACCUCUGUCCUAUAAGAAAUAAAUCCAAGUAGCAGGAUAAUAUUGUCAAGACCACUAGUAGAGAGUUGCAGCUCAUUAUGUGGGAUCCACCACAUGCCCAUCUAAAUCAGAUGGUGCGAGACUGCAUUAGUGACCUAGUUCCUCUGUCAGUUUGUAUGGCAUGCAAAAACUGCUCGCUGGAUGGGCUAAAUUUGGUCCAUCAGUGAUAUGGUUAUCAUAUUGCAACUUUGUGUUGAGAUUUUUACAUGUCUCAGUCCUCCCAAAAAUGGGAGGCAGUGGACAGUGUGUGGAUGGCACCUUAUCUAAAGAUGAUCAAAUUCAGCAAGUUAAAACAUGAUUCUGAUAUUAAUUCCAUUUGUCAAAA